CAGAGCAAGAGAUGGAGAAGCGAUGCUUAAAGGCGGACACGGCUUUCGGUGGGCGUAGUAGUAGACGGCGACUGAGAUAAUUCGACCGUUGGAGCGCGUGCCGUGUCGUGCGCUAUUUCGUGUAGCCCGAGACCAGAUUUCCCCCAAUUCGACCGUUGCAAUCAGUUCAAAUAGUACCGUUAUAAGUCGAACUCGAUCCCUUCUUCUUUUACCACUUCACUUUCCCCUUUGGAGGCCGAAGAAGGAGGAGACGAUGACCAGCGGCGGAAGCAGCAGCGGCCCAUCGGCGGACCCUUGCCACAAGCCUCGCCACCCGCUCCACCAGAUCGCCGAGAGCGCCACCCACAAGCUCCUGCUCAAGCAGUGGAUGAAGGAGGAGGAGAUCGUCGCCCGGCGCGUCGCCCUCCGUGAGUCCCGCGUCGACGCCGUACGCCGCCAGAUCGCCGCCCUCUACUGCCUGUUCUUCGUCCUCCACUCCCUCGUCCUCCUCCUCCUGUACCACGCGUCCGCCUCCGCGCGGCCCCCCUCCGCCGCUUGCCGCCGCUCCUGGAUCCCCUGCCUCUGCUCCCUCGUCUGCUCCUUGGCCAUCGUGUGGGCCGUCCGGUACAAGGCCGACACGGAGACCGUGCUGGAGCGGCUGCUGGAGCGGGAGAGGGAGGACGGGCUGCUGCUGGCCAAGUGCGUGGAGGAGCUGAAGCGGAAGGGCGCGGAGUUCGACCUGCUCAAGGAGGUGGACGCGCUGCGGCGGGCCAAGAGCCUGCGCGUCGAGGCCAAGGGCGGCGCCGCCAAGGUGCGCAAGUGGUCGGCCAGGGAUCUCGCCACCACGGUGCUCCUCGCGCUGUCCUGCGGCGCCUUGGGCCUCACGAGGUUCGUGCUCUGUGAUCAAGAACCUCGAUCAUGAUGGAAUCAGGGCUUCUGUUCUUGAUAGGAGAAUUAUUUUGGUUGAUGCAGCAGAAUGAUGCUUGUUCUGCUGUUCUCGUUCUCGUUCUUGUUUUGUGCCCAAUAAGAUUGUUGUGCAAAUAUUAAGUCUUUGAAAAGAAGACGUUUUUAUUCUUCCUCUCCAAA